AUGAGCUUCCAUAAACUUAUGUUAGACAGACCUCAUUAUACGGCUAAAAAAAUAUUAGAUCCUCUCUUUGGUUAAGCUAAAAAAGAAGUUAUUGUUUAAUCUCCAAUUACUCAUAGAACAAUCAACUUUUAAAGACAUUAAAAUGUUGUUGAAGUAGAGAGAAGGACUUAGCAUAUAAGAAAUGAUUCCAAUCAGUCUCAAUCGAUUAAUCUGAAAAAAUUGAGAGUUUAAGAAGCCUACAAUACAUUAUCAGAUUUUAAUGAUAAAAAAUAAAUCAUUGCAUCAUUAAAAACCUUGAACUCUGCAGAUGAGAGAAUACAAUUAAUUGAUAAAAUUUUAGAAAGAAAGGAUGAAAUGAUGAUAGCUUAAUUAAAAUUAAAAGCAGCAAAGUUAGAGCCCAUAUUCAACGUGAUCCGCAGAAAAUUAAAAUAGUAACGACAAGUGAGUGCUACUCCCAAAUAAUCAAAGAAAGGAACUAUUAUAGUACGUCAAAAGACUUCAGAUGAAUUGCCCAAAUAAUCAUAGGACUGUAGUAGAGAAAUCAAAGAAGAAAAAUAAAUAAAGACUUUAGAAACUGAAACUUUGGCUGAAAAUAAAAUAAUGGAAAAAAUUUAAUCUAAAUUUACUGCUGGAGUUGCUUUUUCAUGGUUAGCUAAUCGUCAUGAAAAUAAACAGAUUUAAACUGAAAAUGAAGUAAGCGAGAGAUAAUUUCUAAGAAGAUCUACAGCUCUGUAAUUUGGGAAAAACACUCUUAGUAGAUUAAAAUAAUAGGUCUCAAAAAAGGUUAGUGAAAACUCAGAUUAAUUGAUAAGACAAGGAUUUUUGAAACUCGAAUAAAAAAGAGAAAAAAACAAUUAUAAAAAUAUUUAAGCCAAAGUUAAUUCAGGAAUAGUCAAACCUCAAAUUAAUCCUAUUCAAAAGGUUAAUACAAUUAAAAGAUAAGACACUUUAGGAUUUGUAACAUCCGAGAGAAAAGAAAUAUCAACAUUUGGAUUAGCACUGGCUGGCAAUCAAUAAACUCUAUUUUGA